AUGGAUGAUCAAGCUAUCGAACUGCAACUCUCCCGAAUUAUUUCUGCCGUCGAAUACACCACAAUCUCUACAUCGAUCGUACCAAAGGGAACAGCGCUAGCCGAGGCGGGUACAACAACUGCUGAGGCACCUGUUGUUACAGUCACUCAGGAAAGCAGCUCAGAGAAUAAUGAUUCUGGAUUGCCUGGAGGAAAGAUCUUUGGAGCCCUCGAGAUCAUCAUCGCGCUUGGCGUUCUAGCUGGUGUACUCCUCAUGAUAGUUGGCAUCAUCCUAUGCGACCGACGAAGAAAAUCCAAAAAGCGAAAGCAAGCAUCUGAAAGAGUUGAGAAACGAAUGACGGGGGAGAGAAGCGAGCAAAUGUCACAGCACCAAGCACCCACAGGAGCGCGAUUACCGGAAUCAAUAUGGCCCAGGAUGGCCGAGAAGAAUCAAACCGUUCAUGAUUACUGGCAUAGCGAAGCAUCUCGUCAACAACAGGGUUGGAAUCCGGGGCAAGGGCCACAGGCCAGUGGACCGGGUUUACCUAGAUAUCAAUAA